UCAUGUAUUUUAUUUAAUUAAUACAUGCUUUCUUUCAAAAAAAAAAUGGCAAAAUAUUAAAAAGAAAGUCGGUAUUAUUAAUAUUAAAAUAGUAAACGGUAUUUCCGUAAAUAUUUUGGAAAAAUCAUGUGUUGUGUAAGUAAGGUUAAUUUUCUCAAGAUCUAAACUCAUUUUCCUCUUUCUAUUAAAAUCCCUUACUUGAUAGUUCAUACACACAGAGCCUCCGUUUCUCCUCUCUUAUCUUCCCAGCCAAGCCAAGCCAAGCCAAGCCAACCCCAUCGAAGCCGAGCCGUCGAAUCACCGCCGAGCGAUAACGGACGGUCGAAUCACCACCGCGCGGCUGUAGCCCAUUGAUUCUCAGUCCCUUUAACUGGUCGAAUCUCUUCAAUUCAGAUCUCUCUAUAUUCAGGUAAGUCAAAUAGUGGACUUAAGGGAUUAGAUCAUUGCCCUAGAUUGAUUUUCUAUGGCAACAUCUGGGUUAUGUGUUUGGCUCCAUAAGAAAAUAGUUGAUCCUCUAAUCCAAAUACUUCGCAGAGGUGCAGAACCUAAGCUUUUGGCCUUCUCUGCAGCUUUGGGAAUUACUUUAGGACUAUUCCCAAUAUGUGGAGUCACUGUAUUUCUAUGUGGACUUGCUAUUGCAUUGCUUGGCUCUCAUUGCCAUGCUGCCACUGUAAUGCUUGCUAAUUUUGUUGCAACACCAAUAGAAUUGAGCCUUGUCGUACCUUUCUUACGCUUCGGUGAAUUUAUCUCUGGUGGGUCUCAUUUUCCAUUGACAUCUGAUGCUUUUAGGAAAGUCUUAACUGGGAAAGCUUCAAAUGAAGUCUUGCUAAGUAUUGCUCAUGCCUUGCUUGGUUGGCUUAUAGCUUCACCUUUUAUAAUGGGGAUCUUGUACUUGAUAUUUUUACCAUGUUUCAAGAUUUUGGUUCAUAAGUUCAGUGUUGCUCCUUCAAGUCCCAACAAGUCUCUGCUUUCACAAUCUGAAGUGAUGCUUAAGGUUUUGGGCUCUUCUUCUUCCUGAUUCUUUGUUUUACAACCCUUUUUUAACACAUGGGAAUGGGAAUGGGAUUUAAGCUUAUUCACAUCGUACAACUGCAAUUGCUUGAAAAAUAUAUCAAUAAAAAGAAGAAAAUCGUAUCAAAAUUUUCAAACUAGGCAAAUUAGGUACAAGCAGAAAAAUAGCCACAAUACAUGGUAUAACAAACCAUUAUAUAAGGCAAAAAAAGAAAAGUCAUCACACCGAAGAAGGCAUAACAAACCAAGUGAAUAUUUAACCAAAACAAACCAAGUGAAUAUUUAUUAAGAAGGCAUAAAACUAUAAUUAUUAUUGUAUUAGAUAAAUCAUCACACCGAAGAAGUAAAAAUAGAAUAGAAAAAUAAAAAUUUAUACCAAAUAUAAUACAUUAGCUAUAAAACAUUUUAAAAUAAUUAUUUUAAUUAGUUGGCCAACUCAAGAAAGCAUUAAAAAAGAUAAUACUUACUAACGUUUUUAAUUAUAACAUUUUAGAAAACACAAUUAUCUAGUUACAUUACUCUAUACAAUAAAAUAAAAAAACGAUACUCAAUACUAAUUAUAUGAGAAUAAAAAUCACAUAUGGAGAUAAUUAAAGGUUGGAAUAAAUUAGGAAUUAAAUGCUAUUAAAGAAAUUUAUAAUUUAAUGUUAAAUACACAUUAAUUGAAAAAGAGCAAAUUGUCAAGAAUAAAAAUGAAAAUAAUUAGAAUUUAACGCUAUUAACGAGCUAUUAUCUGUAUAAUAAUUAAUGGAAAACUAUAUUUAUAAUAAAGAUAUGAAUAUAACAAAUAAACCUAUAAUAAAUAUGAAUUGCAAUUUGAAUAAAAUGAUGUUAUUAAGUAACUGAUCAAUUAUGUGUGUCAAGAUGACACAAUGAAUCAAUGGAAGAGCUUUAUGACUUUUAAAGAGGGAGUUGAGCACGACUAAACCAAUAGCACAUAUGAUCUAAGAUCAAAAUAGAUGCAGCUGUAUUUGUGGAACAUGGGUGUUUUUGCUUUUCUUGUGUUGUUCGUGAUGAUUCUUCAUUGUUGUCUAGGACCAUUUCGAGUUGUCACGGUGGUGUUCUUCAAACAGAUCUCGCCGAAGCACUUAGGGGUCAAGGAAGAAAGCUAUUAGUUGGAUUAAGAAAAACACACAUGGAUCUAUUUAGACGGGUUGCCUUAUUGUGGUUCAAGUUGUUUGUAGUCAGGUGGUUAUGCAAUAUGACUUUGGUCAUGGUUGUUGGACCUCGUUCUUUCACUUUGUCGGGCCGCUACCUCACCUUAAUAGAGUAGGUAGAAUACUUAUAUUCAAGAUAACUCUUGCCUAUUCUUCUAAUGUGGGACUUAGGUUGAUACCCCAACAAUCCAUGAAGCCCAUAUAACCAAGGGAACUCGCUGCCUCACCAUCACUUUUGUUAGGAAGACUUUCGACACAUGUCCUAAUAUUGAUCUCAAUCUUGUACCGUAAUCAUCAACGAAACACGUCACCUAACUACCUCAAUAUUAGAUAGACUUUUGAUACAAGGUACCAUAUAGAUCUUCAAUCGCGAGGUCAUCACAUUGAGUGUUUCUUUCCCUGUAAAGCCUUUAGGAGCCCUUGUUGUACCAAAAGCCCUUUAUAUUUGGGCUCCUUCUCAAAAGGUCUCAUACUAAUGGAGUAAAUAAAACACUUAUAUUCAAGAUAACUCUUAUCUUUCUUCCAAUGUGGAACUUAGAUUAAUACCCCAACAAUAGUACAUGAGUGAUGACAUUUGUUGUCUGAGUUGAGUACUUUUGUUAGUGUUUGUUAAGCUUGUUGAAUAAGUAGAGGAAUGUUUUCUUAUUUUUGGUGAAACAAUCCACAAAAAGAGUGAUGAUUCAUUGCCUUAGUUUUAGUCGUGCGUUUAAGGCUGUAUUGCUUAAAAAAAAAAGUACUAUCACAAAAUGAAAAAGAGAAGAAAAAGGAAAAUGAUUUGAAUCAUGAGGUAUUGCAUUUCUUAGGCAAAAGGAUCUAAACCCACUUUCCCCUUUCUAAUAAAUCCCUAAAAUAUGAAAGUACUUAAUACAAACAAUUAGAUAGAGAAAAGAUUAAAUAGAAUAAUAUUACAAAAUGAAUUAAAUGAUCAUUACACAUGUAUGUCAAAGAGGCAUUGUUCUAAUGAUUAUAUGUUGAGGCAGCCCCUAGACAAAGUUGGCUAGAACUCAAAAUAAGUUGCAUAAAUUAUGUGUUUCCUGAAUUCUUUGGCUUUGGCCUUUACCAGCAAAUGAUCAUAUUAGGCAGCAGAGUACCAACUCAUCAAAUUUCAUUGAAAAGUAAGGGAUUUCAAGUACUAAUACCACCCUGCUCUGUAUCCCAUCCUGAACCAGACGCAGCUCAAGCUUUUGUUGAACAUAUAUAAGACCUUGUUAAGCCCAUCUCAACAUCAUCAUCUUUGUUGCAGCA